GUAAAUGGGCGUAUGUGUGUUUUUCUAUUCCCCAACAAUGGAGUGAAUUCUUCAAAGGCGUUUAUUUAAUGAUAUUUAAGAUACUUUAAACGUGUUGUAUUUAAAAAUACAUAUUCCUCACAUCGAAAGUUAACAAAGAUAAUCAAAACGAACGACCUCAAUAUCGCAAUUUUACAACUAUCGAAAUCUAUAACUUCCUGCUUUAAUCAAGUGCCUUUUACAACUAAGUCUAUAAUUUUAUUAUCGAAAAACGCAAAAAUCAACAUCAUUAACAGUAACAGCAUAGCCAGCAGACACAUUCACAUCUACACGCAUAGAAGAAAAAGUGACGACAGCGAUAAGUGUAAAAAUGUCAACACUAUCGUUGCGUAUUCAGCUAGAGGGCGGCCGCGUCACAAAGACAAUACAAUUCCAUCCGAAUACGACAGUAUUUGAUGCCUGCAAAAUUAUCCGGGAUAAAUUCGCCGAAGCUGUUCAGGGACAACCCAGCGAAUAUGGUCUAUUUAUAUCGGAUGAGCAGCACCAACAGGGUGUUUGGCUGGAGGCCGGCCGCACACUCGGCUAUUACAUUCUCCAUAAUCAGGACACCCUAGAAUACCGGCGCAAAUUGCGCACUUUGCGGGUUCGUAUGUUAGAUGGUGCCGUGAAGACGAUACUGGUUGACGACUCGCAGCCGGUGUCGCAGCUAAUGGUGGUAAUUUGCACAAAGAUCGGCAUUACCAAUCACGAGGAGUACGGCUUGGUGCGUGAGGAUACCGAAGCGCAGAAUGAGAAUCUGCCGGAUAAUAAGUUUGGCACAUUGACAUUGCGUCGAAAAUUCACCGAAAAAGAUCGCGAUGCAAAAAUGGAAAGUCUACGCAGAAAGCUGAAAACCGACGAUGAAAUCAAUUGGGUGGAUGUCGGCAAAACUCUACGUGAACAAGGCAUAGAUGAAUCGGAAACGGUUUUGCUGCGUCGUCGCUUCUUCUUCUCUGAUCAAAAUAUUGACUCACGUGACCCGGUACAAUUGAAUUUGUUGUACGUGCAGGCACGUGACGCCAUUCUAGAUGGCACGCAUCCAGUGACACAGGAAAAAGCGUGUGAAUUCGCUGGCAUCCAAGUGCAUAUACAAUUUGGGCCUCACAACGAAGCGAAGCAUAAGCCUGGAUUUUUAGAUUUAAAGGACUUCUUGCCGCAGUCCUAUGUGCGUGUGAAGAACAUUGAAAAGAAAAUAUUUGCUGAGCACAAGAAACACGUUGAUCUUACAGAAAUCGACGCCAAGGUGUUGUACACGAAAACGGCACGUGAGCUGCCUACCUAUGGAGUAACUUUCUUCUUGGUGAAGGAAAAAAUGAACGGUCGCAAUAAGUUGGUGCCGCGUCUGCUGGGCGUGACGAAGGAUUCGGUAUUACGUUUGGAUGAACGUACUAAGGAGAUUUUAGUUUCAUGGCCAUUGACGACAGUGCGCCGUUGGGGCGCCUCGCCGAAUACCUUCACUUUGGAUUUUGGUGAUUACGCCAACCAAUACUACUCGGUGCAGACGACGGAGGCCGAGCAGAUUGUGCAAUUGAUAGCUGGUUAUAUAGAUAUUAUUUUGAAGAAGAAGCAGACCAAAGAUCAUUUUGGCAUCGAGGGUGACGAGGGCUCCACUAUGGUGGAAGAGUCAGUUGCGCCCUCAAAGGCAACAUUUUUGCAGCAUGAAACAAAUAAAAUUGGUAAAAUCAAUACUGAGUCACUGGCACACCCGGAAAUUCUUCGUGCAUCAGAUGGCGAAAGAAAAUAUACGCAAGGUGAAAUGCAAUCAGUUCAAUAUGGAGCCUUCGUUGGGCAGGUCAACCACGCUCAUCAACCACCAACGACGAAGGAAGUGCGCAUAAGUACUGUAAAUCUCACAGAACCGCAGCGUGCGCUGCUUGGGUAUAUCUCGGCUGGUCAAGACGUCUUGAUGCGUGCUGACGAAGAGCUUAGAACUAAGGCCCCAAUACAAGAAUUAGGCACUGACUUGCGGUCAAUCGAGUGGCGUGAGAAUACUUUGGAUACUUCUAAGCAAGCUGUUACUAGUCACGUUGCUACUAUGAACGCGGCUACCGCACAAAUUAUAACAGCUUCUCAAUUCGAUGAGGUCGACACAGAGGCCAUCUCCGCUUCGGUUUCACAAAUUACACAAACAAUUCCGGAAGUUACUAAAGAGGUACGUCUGAUCGCUGCUCUGAUGGAGGAUAGCAACAAUGGCGAUCGAUUGCUUGAUGCAGCCCGUAAUUUGUGCAAUGCUUUCAGCGAUUUGCUGAAGGCCGCCGAGCCAGAGAGUAAAGAACCUUCUCAGAGUCUUAUCAACGCCGCCAGUCGUGUAGGCGAAGCAACCACUCAUGUGCUUAGCACAAUCGCCGAAGAAGAGGUGCCAGAGAAUCGCGAUUUGCACGAUAUGCUCUUGAGCUUGGCCAAGGCAGUGGCAAAUACAACUGCUGCUUUGAUGUUGCGCGCAAAAUCGAUUGCUGCCAGCUGUGAAGAUGAAGAGUCACGUAAUCGCGUUAUUGGUGCUGCCAGUCAAUGUGCUUUGGCUACCAGUCAACUGGUCGCGUGUGCAAAAGUCGUGGCUCCUACUCUGCAUAAUGCUGCUUGCCGAGAGCAGCUGGAAGCCGCUGCCCGCAAUGUGGCGCGAGCUGUCAACAAUCUGUGUGAAGUGUGUAACGAUGCAACCACCGAUCCGAAAUUGAAAAAUGAUUUACUUGCUGCUGCGCGUGAUGUCUCGAAGAGUUUGAGUGAUAUGCUGGACCAUGUGAAGUUGAGCUCUCGCGAAUACGCUAUUCGCACAAGUCAGGAGAUGAGUCCGGUGGAGAAUGUGAUUAUUGGUACUGACAUAUUGGUUGCAUCCAAUGACCCGCAGGAGAUGGUUCGUCAUGCCAAAACACUAGGUCAAGCAACAGCCCAAUUGAUACAGAGCAUUAAGGGCGAGGCGGAUCAACAGAAAGACGAAGAUAUGCAGCGUCGCUUACUUUCGGCUGCCAAGCAACUGGCAGAUGCUACGGCAAAACUUGUCGAAGCCGCUCGUCUCUGUUCGGGUAAUCCACAAAACACCGAGAAUCAGAACGCCUUGCGGCGUGCUGCUGAAGAACUGCGUGAAAUCACCACCACGGCGGCUAAUACGCCAGCCAUAAAACGAAACCUAAUCCAUCGUCUAGAAUACUGUUCAAAGCAGGCCGCUUCGGCGGCUACUCAGUGUAUAUCAGCCGCACAAAAUGCGGUGCAGCAUAGCGACGACCAUCAAACCAAGGAACAACUGCUGCAAGACUGUAAACGCGCAGCCGACACAAUUCCACGUCUUGUUACCUCGGUGAAGACAACGCGAUCGAGCCCAGAUGAUCCAAAUGCGCAGCUGAAUCUAAUAGAAGCUGCUGAACAAUUCAUUGAGCCUGCCAUACAAGUAUCGCGUUCGGCACGAGCUCUACAACCGACUGUUACCGAUAUCCCGUCGGCCACUCAGCUCUCAAAAAGUGCCUUAUACCUGGGUCAAACCGUGUCUGAGUUGAACUCGGCGGCACAGCGUGCUCGAGAAGCCUGUGGCGGUCAGGAAUUGGAAUCGGCCUUGGAGGCGGUGCGUAACUUACACAACGUGCUGGAUGACACUCGCAAGGCAGCGCAAUCAGGCAGCAUUCGCCCACUUCCUGGGGAGACUAUCGAAAACACUGCUCAACAGUUGCGAGUAUCCGCUAAAAAUGUAGGGCUUGCGCUUAGACAGCUGCUGUCGUCAGUUAUACAAGAGCAACGUAGGUAUGCGGGAGUGGCUGGCCGCGACACUGCCUUGGCACUCGGGGAUUUCACAAAAAGUGUUCAUGGUGUAGCUGCAACAACGAAGAAUCCUACUGUAAUUGAUUGUGCCGACGAGGUGGUACUGCAUUCGGCUCGCUUGAUUGAAGAAGCACAGCGCACAUUGCAAAAUGUCGGCAGUACAGAUGCAUUGACUCAAGCUGGACGUGAUGUUACUGCAGCUAUAUCGAAGACAGUCGACUGCAUACCUGGUCAACGUGAAGUGGACAAUGCUCUGCGCAAUGUAAGUGAAUUGAGUGAGAUACUUUCAAUGAGUGAAUUCCCACCUUCGGAUCGUAACUACAAUACGUUGCAAUCGGAGCUGAAGCAGGUGGCAGAAGGGCUUAGUGUGGCCAGUGGGCACAUUGUGCAGGCUUAUGAUAGUCCCGCACAGCUAGCAGAUACAAGCCAGAACUUUGCAGCAAACUAUCGUGAUCUUUUAGCUGUCUCAAUGGAGAUAGCCGGCCAGACGCAGGAUGAAGUGGUGCGUUCAGAAAUGAUUGAUCGGCUUCGUAACGUCUCGACGCAAUCCUGCUCUUUGCUAUCUACUGCGAAGUCAAUCGCUGCCGACCCGGGACAACCAAAUGCGAAGAAUCUAUUACACGCAGCAGCACGGAGCGUCACCGAAAGCAUAAACAAACUUGUCGACGCCAGCAUACAGUCGGCACCUGGGCAAAAAGAGUGUGACAAUGCGAUGCGCAAUAUCGAGGGGCUCCGAGUAAUGCUCGAAUACCCGCAUGAACCAAUCAACGAACAAGGCUAUUUCGAAUGCGUCGAAAAUGCGACUAAUAAGUCACGCAAUCUGGGUUAUGCCAUUUCGGAAAUGAUUAACAAUGCCAAACAGUCGAACCACGUUGGCUUUGGUCAAUCGGUGAACACCGUCGCAGAAUCAAUUCACGGGCUGAUUGAAUCAUCUGCACAGGCUGCCUACUUGAUAGGAGUGUCGCACCCGAGCAGUGUGGCUGGGCGACCAGGCAUCAUUGAUCAGGCCCAAUUAACCUGGGCAUAUCAAGGUAUCCGUCAGCACUGCGACAUCGUUAGCAGUGCCAAGUCAACGAAGCAGCAAAAGAUUUCGGCACUAACAAUAAUCGCAAAGCAUACCAGUUAUUUGUGCUCUAUAUGUCGUCAGGCCAGUAUGAAUACUAACAAUCCGGUGGCAAAGAAUGAGUUUAUUGUGUUGGCCAAGCAGGUUGCCACAGCCACUUCGAACUUAGUGCAGGAGAUAAAGGGUAUUGACGAUGAGCCUUCGACACCAACACGUGCUCGUCUUGUGGAGCCAUUACUAGAGUCUGUGAAAGCAGUAAGGCAAUAUGCUUCCAGCCCCGAAUUCAUUUCUGUGCCUGCUAAAAUCUCAGCAGAGGGGCGGAAGGCGCAAGAGCCUGUUAUUAAUGCGGGUCGCGGUGUUAUCGACGGUGUAAUAGAAAUGGUAAAAGCUGCAAAAUCAUUGGCACUGUCACCCGACGAUCCUCCAGUGUGGCAGCAGCUUUCGAAUGCCUCUGCUCCCGUUUCCGAGUCUGUGAAACGUUUGGUGGAUAACAUCCGCGAAAAAGCACCCGGCCAAGCACAAUGCGAGCAAGUGCUGCACACACUGAACACAUGCACUCGUGAAUUGGAUAGCUGUGCCAUGGCAGUGAGCGCUCAGGGAUUAAGUCAACGCCGCGAUAAUAAUCUGCACGGGUUCAGUGGCCAGACAUUGAACUCUGCAGCAGAGUUGAUUGAUAAGCUUGAACCCAUUCGGAUGGCUGGGAAAAACAACGCUGAACAACUGGGCCAUGCUGUGGGCGAGAUCUCGCGCUACAUUGUGCCAAUGGUAAAUGGUGCGGUCGGCGCUUGUACCCAUAUCGUGCACACCAACCAACAAAUGAGUCUGAUCAAUCAAACUAAGUCAGUAGUAGAGAGUGCUGUAACCCUUGUGCAAGCGGCCAAAGAUUCCGCCGGAAAUCCACGAUCCACGCAUGCUCAUACACAUUUGGACGAGUCCGUUGAUUUCACACGGCAGGCUAUACAGGAACUCACUGAAACAGUCGAAAAGAUCAACGCUGAAAUGGGUGUUGUAACGGGGCUGAUGGAGCAAGUGAAUCGUGCCAUUACACGUUUGACCGACAAGCGCCAAUCACUUCUUAACGCCUCUUACUCGGACUCAUUUGUGGAUUACCAAACACGAAUGGUGCAGUCGGCGAAGGAAAUUGCUCGUCUAGCUAAUGAUAUGAACGCCAAAGCUACUAUCGAGCCACAGCUGUUACCGCAACUUGCCCUAGAAAUGACACAGCAGUACACACAACUGACUCAGGAUUCGGUAGGUGCAUCUACCACAACAUCUACUCCGGAUGUAGCCAUGCGUAUACGAUCGACUGUGGUGGAUUUGGGUCGCUCGGUAAGCUCAAUGAUACAGUCAGGUGCUGCCGGAGCCCGUCCCAAUGAUACAUCGGUCCAGAAUGAACUCGCACGUAAUGCACGCGAUGUCUCGGAGAAGGUGGCACAAGUUUUAGCUGCGCUGCAGGCCGGAUCGCGCGGAACACAAGCUUGUAUCAAUGCCGCACAUACAGUGUCGGGCAUUAUUGGUGACCUUGAUACGACUAUAAUGUUUGCCACGGCCGGCACUUUGCAUUCAGACGGCGAUGGCACAUUUGCUGACCAUCGCGAACACAUUUUGCAGACCGCUAAGGCUCUUGUAGAAGACACGAAAGUGCUAGUAACAGGCGCAGCUGGCACACAGGACGAGUUGGCUAACGCGGCUCAAAAUGCUGUCUCUACCAUACUUCAACUGGCGGAAGCCGUUAAAAGAGGUGCAUGUAGCCUCGGCUCUACACAACCGGAUUCGCAAGUCAUGGUUAUCAACGCAGUGAAAGAUGUAGCUUCCGCUUUGGGCGACCUGAUUAAUGCCACCAAAUUGGCUUCUGGCAAACCCAUACAUGAUCCAUCGAUGCAAGAUUUGAAGGAGAGUGCCAGGACGCUUAAAGAAAUGUGCACAUCUGCUGCCGCAGUUGCUGGUACUAACAUGAAUGGCCAGCGCCAUCUACAUCGCCAGUCGCACAUAAGUUAUGGAAUCCUUAGCUCUUAGACCACCACCACGCCAAGCCAAGCAACAAGCAAGAAACCGUUAUAGCGCAGUGGCUCCCUGUGCACGGUUCUUGCUGCUAAACACAUCCGCGACGAAUUCAUCUCACACUCCGCCAGCUGUAGCACCAUCAGCCCAUGAAUUAAAAACAAACAGCUGCUGCUGCCACAAGCGCCUGCUCUUAUAUUGUUUUGAUAUAUUGGAACAUAUAUUUAAUACUAGUCGACCGACAAGCACCGCAAAAUCAAAAUUUAAUGCCUAAAAUGAAGCAACUGGAGAUACUAAAAAUAUUUAGGCAUAAACUUAAAAAUUACUAAUAACGAUUUUUAUACUAUCAUCCCUAUUUCGGCUUUGUAAGAAUUUGCGGAUGCUGUUGAACUCGACUUGCUUUACGUUUUGGUAGGAUUUUUUUUGUUUUUUCUUGCUAGAUUGUCUCAGCUUUAUUGCACACAAAAGUAGAUGGCACAAUAAUCUGUAUGUAGAAUUGCUAUUCGUAGACCGGGGAAAAACUAAAUUAUGCAGACUGUAGCACAAAACUAUUCUACUUAGCUUUUAUUGGUUGUUGUUAUUGUAACCUUUUUGAAAAUACCAAAAAACACUUGGAAAAAGUUUCUAUCAGCUUUGAAUGUCCUAAAGAGCAGUGCUUGAAAUAUAUCGGAGAAAGGCCUGUAAGGCCUACGCACCAGUUAGUUUUGCUUGAAUACACCUGAGUAGCUGAAAGAGAUCUACAUGAAAUAUUUUUGGCACAAACCGAACCAGGUUGGAUGAUGAAAAUCAGAAAAUUAACUCAAGGAAUGCAUUUUGCUGAGUAUCAAAUAAUUUUGCACAGGGUUCGAAAAGAAUUUAUUUUUCAUUGUUGACACAUUUGGUUUUAAAUUUUACUCUUUUCAGCACUGAAGUGCAGUGCGUUUACUCUGUGCAUGCCAACACACUCGCAGAGUCAAUUUUACCGACCUCUGGUAGCCAAGGUUAUUAAUUCUAUAUGGUUUAAAUUUUUUUGAUUUUUUUCCAAAAAGUCAGCUAUUAGCCAUUCUUUUUGGGCCGACAUAUUUUUAAUCAAAAAUAACAGUUUAUUUGACUUUUAUUUCUUCCGCCUUAAAUCUUCGGUUAAAUCCUAAAAUUUAACUUUUUUAGUUUUGAUUUUUAAGAUUUUUUUCUGGCGUCCCUGUGCAUUUUCUCCAUAUAAGGAAUGAUCGAAAUGUUUUUAUAUGGAAGAAGAAGACACCUAAAACAAUUAUUAAAAUUCAAUAAGCGUCAAAUAAUUGUAAAUUGUCGAAGCUUGUCAACAAGUCCCGGUGUUAGAGUUAUUUAGCGCACUGUAUCUAUAACAGCUUUGAAAAUGCUAGAGCUAUAAAUGGACAUGUUCUACAAACGUUCGUACACGAAGUGGUUAUUCUUUUCAAACAGCGUAAAGAAUAUGACACUUAGACCGAUUAUUUGAAGGAGUAGAAGUUGCUUAAAUUAAAGUACGUUGAGUACUUAGUAAACCUGAGGCGAUCUAUCUCAGGUUAUUACUCUUUGUAUAAAUUUAGUUUGAAGCAAUUAAUUAGCUACCAUGCAUCAUUAAGAUGAAUACACAUAUGUUCAUAUAUAUCUGUGGACUUUUGACAAAACGAGAUAUUUCCCUGAUGUAGUUUUUUGUUCUAAGCUUAAUAAAUCCUGAUCUUUCAUAUACAAAUUUAAUAUUUUAAUUAAAAUUUCAUUGGGAUUGGCUUUUAAGCUACAGCUGUGAAUGAUUUUAGUUUAAAUAUUUCACUAAAACCCAGCUAUGUAUCAGGUUUUUUUUUAGCUGCAUGAGAACUAUCGAUAUUGGUUCUGCAACAGUUGAGAAUGGUGAACUGUGUUGACAUUUCGGUUCAGUAAGGUUUGACAAGUCCUCAUGAAUCGUUUAACGCUAGAAAACCGCCUCCAAAUUGUGGAAAUUUAUUAAAAAAAAAAUCUGUUGGCAAAGUGUUGUGAUGUCGUAGUCGCUCUAGAUUUCGCGAAGUGUUGAAGAAGACGACGAAAUAUCGAUUCGUUGUCGUUCUCAACUUGUUGGCCUUUGUCCUUCGGCUACGUGGAAAACUUUACGUAAGGAGCUUGACUUACGUGCCUAUAAAAUACAGCCAGUGCAACAAUUGACACCAAAUAACCAUCGUUGCAUCGCAUUUUUGCUGAUUGGGCACAUUUAGAUUUGUUAUUCAGAUUUAUUUAUUCUUUAAAGAUUGUCAAACAUCUGGCUUAUCAAAAGUAAAUUUUAAAAAAGAUUUAAAGAUCGAAUUGUAACUCGGAGCCGCGACGGAAAUAUGCUGUAUAUCAUAUUCAAAAAAUAAAUGUCAUGAAAUUAUUUACCAGAUUAUAAAAAAAAAUAUCAUUCCAACAAUAUUUCUCCUUUGCUUAAUUACCCGAUAUACAUAUAUGAAAGUGAUUCAUAGCUGGGAAUUGCAAAUGUAAGUUGUGUCAUGUCCACAGAUAUGUAUGCAAAUUAUUUUAGUAACUACUCAAAAUUUGACAGUCUAGCAGCCUUGCCCUUAACAACAAAAUCGAUAGUUGUUCUCUCAAAAUUAAUUACAACCAAUGAGCGAUAAGUGCAAAAAAGAUACCGACUUUCCCGAUGAAGUCAUCAAAUCGCGUACUGCAGCAUCUGCAAUUUCAAGUUCAUUCUGCUAAGUUUUGUAUUGUGAAAAUCAUAUAGGCAUUAUGUCAUACAUUUCAGCCUAACAUAAAAACUUGUUUUUAUAUUAAACACUAAACUCAAUAAAGAAAUUUUAACUAUCAUUUAGAUCAU